ACGCGUGCGGGCGCCGGAGGGCUCCGAGGGCUCCGCGGGCUCCCCGGCUCCGCAGGCUCCGCAGGCUCCGCAGGCUCGGCCCUCCCGGGGCCCGCGCGCCCCCGCCCCCCACGCCCGGAGAGGGAUGCGGAGCGCCCCGAGAGCCCGGUAGCGUCGGCUCGCGGCGCCGCGUCCCCGAGGAUGGAUGAGCCGUGGUGGGAAGGGCGCGUCGCCUCGGACGUCCAUUGCACCCUGCGUGAGAAGGAGCUGAAGCUGCCCGCCUUCCGAGCCCACUCCCUACUCUUGAAGAGCCGCCGGUUCUUUGUCGACAUCUUGACCCUGCUGAGCAGCCACUGCCAGCUGUGCCCCGCGGCCCGGCACCUGGCCGUCUACCUGCUGGACCACUUCCUCGACCGCUAUAACAUCACCACCUCCAAGCAGCUGUAUGCCGUGGCGGUCUCCUGCCUCCUGCUCGCAAGUAAGUUCGAGGACAGGGAAGACCAUGUACCCAAGCUGGAGCAGAUAAACAGUACGAGGAUCCUGAGCGGCCAGAACUUCACCCUCACCAAGAAGGAGCUGCUUAACACGGAGCUGCUGCUCCUGGAGGCGUUCGGCUGGAACCUCUGCCUGCCCACGCCCGCCCAUUUCCUGGAUUACUACCUCUUGGCCUCCGUCAGCCAGAAGGACCAUCACUGCCACAGCUGGCCCACCGCCUGCCCCCGCAAGACCAAAGAGUGCCUCAAGGAGUAUGCCCACUACUUCCUAGAGGUCACCCUGCGAGAUCAUAUUUUCUACAAAUUCCAGCCUUCUGUGGUUGCUGCAGCCUGUGUUGGGGCCUCUAGGAUCUGCCUUCAGCUUUCUCCCUACUGGACCAGAGACCUACAGAGGAUCUCAAAUUACUCUCUGGAACAUCUCAGCACGUGCAUUGAAAUCCUGCUGGUAGCUUAUGACAACGUCUUCAAGGACGCCGUCGCGGUCAAAAGUCAGUCCCUGACAAUGGUGCCCAGCAGAAGCCCUGCGCCCACCCAGGUGCUGUUCCAGCCGCCCACCUACCCCACCCUCAGCCAGCCAGCAACGACGCCAGCCCUCGCCCAGUUCCAGACCCAGACCCCCGUGCAGGACCUCUGCUUGGCCUAUCGGGACUCGCUGCAGGCCCACCGCUCCGGGAGCCUGCUCUCAGGAGGCUCUGGCUUAUCCCUCCACACCCUGUACCCCACUCUCCAGCCCCUGGACGUGUGUCCCAUGUCCCUCCCCGCGCCCCUCAGCGUGCAGAUGGCCAUCACGGCGGAGCCCAGGCACUGCCUUGCCACCGCCUACGGAAGCAGCUACUUCAGCGGAAGCCACGCGUUCCCCACAGGCUGUUUCGACAGAUAGGGCACCUCCGGGCCACACAGGGAGGUCUUGGAGACUCACCUGGGCAGAGGAAGAGGACACAGGUGAGGGGAGCUCAGCCGAGUGAGGCAGUGGGGAGGCCAUCCCCACAGAACCUCGUUGACCUUGGACACAGGGUUCAUGUUCUUUUUAAAUAAAGCUGACCCAGAGCAAAAGUCAAUGACACCCCUCCCCUGAGAGAAUUCUGAAAAAUGUCUUCCACGUGUGUAGCUGGGGUGCAGGAGGACUGGCUCAGCCACCAUCCUCUGGAGGAGAGGCCCGGUGAUUGAGAAAGACCUGGGAAAACAGAUGCCAGGAGACUGGAAACUGGAUGCAGACCACCGGCCCAUGCACGUGUUUGGUUUUUAGCAUUAGAGACAUCUUUAUUCCUUGCCAGCGGCAGCUACACUGAAAAAAGAAGGGACUGCCUGAUGUGUUCUCAGGACCCCCAGCAGAUGCUGUAUUGGGUGCUCUUUCCCUGGCUCCCUCCAGCGGAGCCUGCGUGCGUGCGUAUGCCUGAGUGUCUGCCCUCCGAGGCGUGGGGUGGGUGGCUGUCUUGCCUUUGUUGUCAAACCUAAGACCUUAUUUGGCCUUUUAGAUAUUUCACAUGCUGCUGCUUCCUGAAGUGACCUAGCUUUCUGUUCAGUAAGAUAUCUUGUUUACAUACUGUAUCAGGGAUUUUGUGAUACUUGAAAAUUCCUUAGGAGAAAAAAAAACAAAAACAAAAACGUCGAUUGCCACACUGCCUGUCCCACACAAGGGCUGUAAGUUUGAACCCAGCUUGUGACAACA